AUGAGGGAGUCCUUUGCUGCCCUCCUGCGCACGGGGGCUGGCAAGCUCGCUCUCUCGUUGCUCGUCGCGUCGUCACAGACAAUGGCCUUCACCUUCACGCCUGUCCCAAGCCCUAAUCUUAAUCUGAAAGAUCUCGGCCGGAUCGCCUUCGCAGGCGACUUCGACUCCAUAUCGUUAUACCAAUACGAGGGACAGAGCCAGCAAUAUCCAGGCCGCAACGGCGCCCUGCUCUCCCGCUACCCCAAUGGCGUAUUUGCGACCAUCAACGUUACGGAUGCCGACAUCAAGGCCAUGUGUUCUCUGCAAAUAAACGGCGCUGAGCGCGUGGUUUUUGCAGGCAACUUCACGGGUGUCGGUAAUUUGCCUACCCCGGGAGGCAUUGCGCUGCUCGACCCCACAAACGGCAAAGUCGAAGCCUUGAAAGGCCUCACCGGAAACGUCAACACGCUCUAUUGCGACAGGGAAGGUGGCCAAGUCUACGUCGGAGGAGGACUUACCGCCAGCAAUUCGAGCAAUGCGAUUGUAUGGAAAAAUGGCUGGGAGGACCUGUCCUUCGACGGCUUUAAUGGACCUGUCCACUCAAUAACAAAGGCACCCAAUGGCAACAUAAUAUUCGGAGGCGAGUUCAACGGCCUAGGCGGGAAUGCGACGGUGGCUACUUCGGAGAAUAGUACCCAGAUUAUUCCUAUCGGCAGCGCAAUCCUCUCUGCCCAGACCAGCUCUAGUGUCGCAGGCUUCGCCGAUCCCAAGAACAUUGCCUGCAAAGCCGACUUUUCCAAGCAGGGAGCGGACCAGACGUGGCUUCUUGCCGACAAGUCGCCUGGCUCCUGGAAGGCUGACUUCGGCUUCGGCUUUGAACCGACCAGCCUGAGGCUGUACAACACAAACUUCGAGGGCCGUGGCAGCAAAACCUGGCGCUUCACGGCGCUCCCAGAUGGAGGCAUCAUGAACUUCUCCUACGUUGACCCCAAUGGACAAAAGGCCUAUUGUGACGCCAGAUGUCCCCUACAGGAGGGCAAGACCACGGCCCAGGACUUCACCUUCGUAAACAUGGUGGGUAUGAAUGCUUUCAGGAUCGACAUCUCCGAUUGGUGGGGCGCUGGAGCUGGUCUGAAUGGCAUCCAGCUCUUCCAAGACGCAAUGUACUCGUACGCCGUUAAUGACUUCAACGAGCCCAAAAACUGUGGUCCCUCCACUGCGAGGUCUGAGGCAGCGUCUACUGGCCCAUGGCAGAUCUCGCCAUCCCACAGCAGCAACUCCCAGUACCUCACAACCAUAUUGCAAGGAAAUCCCAUCGAUACCGAGGCGGCCACUGUCACCUUCUACCCCGAUAUCAAACAGUCUGGCAAUUACUCAGUCACACUUUACACACCAGGAUGUCAGGGUGACGGAAGUUGUGGCAGUCGCGGCCGAGUCAACGUGACGGCAAAAAUGGGUGGCCAGAACGAAGACACCACCCUCUGGCAGACGAACAAUUUCGACAAGUACGACGAAGUCUACAAUGGCUUCAUUGACGCUAAUAGCGGCUCUCGCCCGUCAGUCGUCCUUCGCCCUGCACCUGGACAAGGACCCGCUCCUCUGAAUGUUGUCGCGCAGAGGGUACGCUUCACGCUGCUCAAGGCUACCUCGGGGAAUCUCAACGGCCUCUUCGAGUAUGAGCCUGGCCGGCCAACGGAGGAACGUGAUUUCUCAGAUUCCGUGAUCAACGCCGCUGGCGCCAGCCUAACUCCUCGAGAGAAGGCCUCCAUCACGAGCCUUGCUACGGAUAGCCAAAACCUCUACGUGGGCGGGAACUUCUCCACCGAUGAUGGCCGAAACAACAUCUUCCUCGUGCGACAGGGCGGUACAGGACCCACUGCGCUCCCAGGCAAUGGGCUGAACAGGCAGGUCAUGACUCUAUUCCACAAUGAUAGCACCCUUUACGUUGGUGGCAACUUCACCAACACCAAGGAUAACAACACACCGGGACUGAAUGGAGUCGCUGCAUUCUUCAACAACGAGUGGCGACCUCUGGGAGCAGGUGUAGAUGGUGUUGUCUUGUAUCUCGUGCCAUUCUCACUCAACGUCACCGCCAACACACCAGAACAGGUCCUUGCCGUCAGUGGGUUUUUCAGUCGUGUUCAUGCUUUUGGCAACAACCCGGCCACCCGCGUGGUCGACUUCGCGGUCUGGGUUCCGUCUCGGGGCAAUUGGCUACACAACCUAGACUUCUUUUCGCUUGCCAUGUCAGGCCGCUUGAUGACCUUUGCUGAUGUGCCUGGAGCCAAUCGUUGGUUUGGUGGAUCUGUCUCGUCUGGCUCUUUGCUGGCAAGCGGCACUGCUGAGCUGAAAAGCGAGAAUGGCGAACAGUCACUUAGCGCAAUCCCUAUCGAUAUCCGAGCCCAACAGCAGACAUCUUCUCGCAAGCGAGCCAUUCUCCAAGGGCAGAACAUGAACACCACUGGAGUUCGCACCGGCACCUUUUACAAAGAGAACGGCAUGAACAAGACUAUCCUGGCGGGUCACUUUGCGACAACUGGAACAGACGGACAGAACAUUACUAACGUUAUCAUUCUCGACGGAAACAAUUCAGACAAGGUUACUGGUUUCGGUGAUGAGCUGAAUGCGAACUCGACCUUCGCCGCCGUUGCUGUGCACGACAAUGUGCUGUACGCCGGUGGUAGGGUCACUGGACGGCUUGACAACGACCGCGUUGUCGGCAUUGUCGCUUACGAUCUUAGUGGCAGCAAGUUCGCUACGAUCCAACCUCCUCCUCUGCAGGGUGAGAACGUCACUGUCAAUGCCAUUGCCCCGCGACCGAAAUCCAAAGAUGUAUAUGUGGCUGGUCACUUCCAGUCAGCUGGAGCUUUGAGCUGUGCUGCUGUCUGCAUCUGGAACACCGAACGGAAUCAGUGGAACAGCCCUGGCAACAACCUCGCCGGGGAAGUCUCCAGCUUGAUCUGGGUCGCAGACAAUAAGCUACUGAUUGCGGGCAACCUGACCUCAGGUGACAACAGGACCACCAUCAUGUCGUACGAUUCAACCAAGAACCAGUUUGCUACCAUCGCUGGUGCUGGCGACUUGCCUGGUCCUGUUACCGCACUUACUAUCGCUACGAAUAGCGGAGACGAGUUGUGGGCCGCUGGUCAGGGUAGCGAUGGUACCGCCUAUCUGCAACGAUUCGAUGGCGGCAAAUGGAUGCCUGUCAAGGAUGCCAUGUUCGGUAAAGAUACCGACAUUCGCGGCAUUCAAGUACUCAGCUUGUCUGAGAGCCAUGACACGUCCGAUAUCAUCGACAAAGCCCAGGAUCUUCUGCUUAUGGGGCAGAUCAACAUUGCUAAUUUCGGUACUGCAUCUGCGGCGCUCUUCAACGGCACUACGCUCACUCCCUUCCUCCUUGCCACCAAAGGCCAGGACGGUUCUACUGAACCAGGGAGCCUAUCCUCUGUCUUUGUAGAAAACCCCAAUUCCUUCUUUAGGCAGUCUAAGAAACACCUUGCACUUUGGGCCAUUGUGCUCAUCGGUCUCGCCAUCGCCCUACUCCUCACCUUCCUACUCGUUGUCACUGGCAUUAUCCUCGAAUGGUUCCGCAAAAAGGCACAAGGCUACUCACCUGCCCCGCAGUCUUAUCCUGAUCGGUUAGGCAACGUCGGCCGUCUGCCGCCGGAGCAGCUAUUCGGGACUUUGUCGGGACCUCGGGCUCCAGCGAUCUAG